AUGCCUCGUCCAUAUCUGGUGCUAGUAGACCUGUUCAACUGGAGCCAAAGAAAGCUAGAUGUCCCAGUUGCUAUGAGGAAGGACACCUUAACUGCAAAUUGUCCUAAACCUAAACGAGAAAAAGGAGCCUGCUUCAAUUGCGGUUCGAAACAACAUUUGAGAAAUCUCUGCCCUCAAAGGACUUCAGCGACGCCUGCUAGUACUACUAUGGUUAUAAGGAUCAUCUACAAAAGAUGGGACUCAUGA